CUUAAUUCUCCUGUUAAUAUAAACCUAAUACACAAUGGCAAGUAUGGAACAACUACGAGGAAUUCUUCAUGAUAUCGCGAAGAAAGAAAAUUAUAUCUCACACAAAAUUGAUAUUAAACCUAUAACAUCAGAAGGAGCCAACUUUACAGCAGAUUUGUACAUAGGCACUAUUUCAGAACCGUUGAAACCAGAUAUUCAUAUUUUUGCCAAGGCUGCAAAUCUUACUGAAGAUGCAAGGAAAAACAAUGAAUUCUUCUCAAGAAUAUAUAAAAUAGAGGCAUUAUUCUAUUCUGAAAUUGCAGAAAGUUUUGGUAGGAUAUACGACAAAAACCAAGUUGCAAUCGGAGACAGGCUGAACAUACCAACAUAUUACAGUCAUAAUUUACUGCCUUACCAGGAAAUACUUGUGUUGGAAAAUCUUGAGGCAAGUGGUUAUCAAACGUUUGAUAGAAUGAAGACAUUUGAUUGGGAGUAUGCAGCUGUAGCCGUAACUCAGAUGGCAAAAUUCCACGCACUAGGAUUAUCGUAUCGUCAGGAAUUUGGAAAUGAAUCUAGGGAUCUUAUUUUUGACAUGUCCAAAGACCAAGAUGAGAUGAACAAAUUUACGCAACAGGCAGUAAAAAGUUCUUGUGAAUGUUUAAAUGAAGAUUAUAAGCAGCGAUUGAUCAACUUUUUUUCUUCGAAAGAAAGUAUGCCAAAUGGGAUGAUGAAAGAUAAAACAAUGUUGAUUCAUGGAGAUUUUAGGCCAAGUAAUUUAAUGCACAGACGUCAUGACGGCCGUUUGGAAAUAGUUCUCCUAGACUUUCAAUUCAUGAGGAUGGGAAACCCAGCAAUAGACUUGAUAUACUUCAUCUUCUCUGGUUCGGACCAGGAGUUUCGGCGUCUAUACUACCAAAGUCUUCUGAACCACUACUUCACACAGCUGACUGGUGCGCUGCGACACUUGCACAUUGACGUAGAAAAUGUUUAUCCUCGGAAAACUUUUGACGCUAACAUGAUUGAAGCGAGACCUCUGGGACUAAUGUUUGGUCUGACGAUGGCGGGGAUGGUGAUGGUGGCACCAGAAGACGCGCCGAAGCUGACAGGAGAUAUAUCCAGUGUACUCAUCAAACCCAACCAACUGGCACAGGAAAGAAUCAGGGGCAUAGUACAAGAUUACGUACAAUGGGGUAUUUUAUAAGACGUGCCUGUUUCUAAAGUAACGUUUUAAUUUGUUAAAAGAAAAUCAACAGGAAACGGAACUCUAUUCCGUAUGUGUGCAAAUUAUUUUACAAAUCCGUCUCUUCUAACUUACUUGGUGACCUUGCUAAAUCUAGGCUAUCAAAACACCUUCAUCAUACUAUUGUAUACGUCACCAUUCAUGUUAAAGCAGCUUAUUUUAAUCAUAAAUAUGCAAGAAUAAUUUGCUUGAACCAUUAAAACUUCGAAGAUUAUGAACAUUUUAUAAGGGAUAACCAAGGGGGGUGCAACGGCACCACUUUUUUAGCUUCGCUACAUCAGGUUUCUUAGGGAGACCUACUACAGUCAGGAGUCAAACUGCAUCGAUACUCUUCUACAGAUCCUCAUCUAAACGAUACCUAUUUACAGAAAUCUGAAUACGCCGUGACAAGGCGGUGGUACAGAUGUUUUCGAGUACCUCGACUGCUCAGCUAUACCAAAUAGCGACUGUAGAAGUACAAGAGCUUUACCAUCACAUACGACUUUGUAGGCAUGGGGAUUGGUAAUUAAGGCAAUUGUGAGAUACGUCCGUGCCGUAUGGUAAUUUCUCGGCCCAUAUCAAUUUAUUGUCAUCCUAAAACAGCCAAUUUAACCCUUACCACCUACCCUUCUCCCAAUUAGUGGUGCGUCAAUGUGCUUUUAUGUCUCUAUCGCUUUUGAAUGCCAGUAUACUAUAGAUAUACUUAUCUAUAGCCUCUACAGGCAUCAGAUCUGUAUGUACUUACUCCUAGUGGGUAUUUCUCUGUCAUUUAUAAUUACAUAAAAACGUGUGGAGGUACAAAAUUAGCGCUUGUAGCGUGAAGCAAAACAUGUAUAUGUGAUAUUACAUCAACUGCCUUUUACAAAAUACUUUGUAAUUACCUAUAAUUACCUUAAAGCCUAAUGUAAACCUAUUCCUUUUAUGGAAUAAGAAAUGCAAUUAGAUGUAAAUUGAAGUACCUAUUUUUAUAACUUCUCUAAUUGUUUUUCUAAUUAAUUAGCUUUGGAUAAUAAAUCGUGAAAUUUUAAGGACGUAUACAGAAAACGUCGCGGGCGAUGACUAGUAAAUGGUAAAUAUUUUCAUAGCCAGCCAAUUAAAGGGAGAGCGCCUAUUGCGCAACAGAUAGGGGCUGUGUUCGAAGGCACCGUAAUUCUAUUAAACGAUUAAAUAAUUCAAGCAAGUUCAAAGGAGAUGCGCUUUUACAAGCCAAACGAAGCAAAUAACAUAGCGAUUGAAACGGGGGAGAAAAAAUGCAUUCGCUUCUAUGUGGUUGUUAGAGACGGUAAACAUUGGUAAGUUGAGUAUCGAUAAAUGUUAUUUUGCUCGUAGCCCUUCUGAAUAAAUACUUGGAAUAUUAUUUAUUUUGCUUGUACGAAAUAGUAUUAUCCUGAACUAUUAGUGCGACAGAAAGUUAUUCAAGUGGCUCGUUACAAACAUGAUAAAUUAACUUAGUUUGAUGUUUUACCUUGUGUUAGUGUAAUAAAAAAUGUUGUGUUUCACCCGGUGGGAAAAUUUGUAUGCCUUGAAACGCAUACAGUCAAGUCAAUAAACGAAUACAAUACAAUACAAAAGUCAUUUGGCAACUCACAAGAAAAAAACUUUGACAAUUCAGAAAAAAAGUUGUGUGAGUAAACAAUGGGAAAAAUGGUAGAAAAUCGACGAGUAAGGCAGUAGCAUCGAAAUUGCUACUCGUAUGUCUCGUAAAUGUAACUAAAACGAUAUAUUAUGGAAGUAGUUAAACGAUAUUAAUCGCGCACACGUUAAACUUUUAUAAUUAAGCAAAUUUCUCGAUAGCGCGGAUAGCGCAUCACUAAAGCGCUGUGCAAUGGCUUUCAAACGAAGUGGCCAGGCAAUAAGGUGCACAAAUUAGUGCAAUUUAACUUUAGGACGUGUCGGUGGGUCGUAGGCAUUUCGCAAAUUUCGCAAUUCAAAAGGCAUGUUGGCUCGAUUAGGAGGCUUUUCAACGACAUAAUUUACCUAAGUGGGUCUUUUAGCUGGUGCUAAAUUAAUAUAGUUAAGACGAAAUUUACUGACAGUUAUGGAAGUAUAAUUUUAAAAGUCUUCGUAAUAUCAUUUAUGUAGUAGUUUAUGUGGAAUAUAACAAAAUAUGAGUGAGUGUGGGGUUAAAAGGAAUGGUCUUUCCUAGAAUUUAAAUAAUUUACGCUUAAUGCAAGUAGGUAAGGUUGUUUUAUAGAGACUUCUAAUGCGACUUCCAACCAAGCGUUAAACGUUUAACGCUCAGUAUUGCCGCACCAACUCCAAGUCUCACUUCUUCCGCGUGGAAUAAUUCCACUGACUAUUUUUUUUACAUAUUCCACUAUAUUCGACGUCUUAUGCUAUUUUAUAUUUAGAUUUACCUACCGAAAUAUUUAAGUAGUUAAAGAAUUUCUUUCUUAAUUAUAGGUACGAUUUAUAAGAUCUACUAGAAUCCAUUGGCUUAUAAUUGUUGAUUCAAUUGAUAUAGGUUCACUAAUAAGAUAUUAAUCGUUCAAUUACGCCCAUACGUCGCAACAUCAGUUCAUUCAAAUCGUGAUUAUAUCAAGCCUACGGCUUUUGACUAGGUAUUCAAUUGAAAGCCUUUGACCGAAUGGAAUGGGUGAAUGGAAAGGUGGUAUACUGAACGCAUUAACCGUAAUUCUAUUGAUCGAUUAUGCUAUUUAGCGGCAAAUGGUUUUGAAACAGAUUUCAAUAUUUAUUUCUGUUUCAAUUUUCUGUGUUGAUGACACCAUCAAAGUUAUUGUAGCAUAUUUAAGACUAUUUUUAUGUGAUAGGUCUACAAACGAGUAGGAACCCCUUGAUGAGAAGCGGUCAUCGUAGCUCAUUGCCGCGAAACGCAAAGGAAAUAGAAAUAUCUCAGGAAGUAAUUGAAGAAAUUACCGUGAUGCUUAAUGUUGGU